AUGGGUUCGUACUCAACUAUAGCAAGUGCUAUAACUCGAAUUUCGCCUAUAAUCCGAUUCGUUAAACCUUGUUCCACCGAUUUUUCUUUCAUCAUUAGCCCUUGCAACAGAACCAGGAGGCUAAAGAGAUUUGAUCAGUUUCGUGUGUUCUCAAUGGCGUCGGAAGCGAAGGAAUCACCAGCAAACAAUCCUGGACUUUCAACGACUAGGGAUGAAGCUACGAAAGGGUAUAUCAUGCAGCAGACUAUGUUUCGGAUCAAGGACCCUAAAGCUAGUCUUGACUUUUACUCACGUGUGUUGGGAAUGUCAUUGCUGAAGAGGCUGGAUUUCUCUGAGAUGAAAUUUAGCUUGUACUUUCUAGGCUACGAGGAUACUUCAACAGCUCCAGCGGAUCCAACUGAAAGAACGGUUUGGACCUUUGGUCGACCAGCAACAAUUGAAUUGACUCACAACUGGGGCACAGAGAGUGAUCCCGAGUUUAAAGGCUAUCAUAAUGGGAACUCCGAGCCUCGUGGAUUUGGACACAUUGGGGUUACGGUUGAUGAUGUACACAAGGCAUGCGAGAGAUUUGAACAAUUGGGAGUUGAGUUUGUCAAGAAACCGAAUGAUGGAAAGAUGAAGAAUAUAGCCUUCAUCAAGGAUCCUGAUGGCUACUGGAUCGAGAUCUUUGACCUCAAGACUAUUGGGACAACAACCGUAAACGCAUCUUGA